AGGAAGAAGGCAAGGGACGAUACAACCAUGCUGUGCUGUAUGAGAAGAACCAAACAGGUUGAAAAAAAUGAUGAGGACCAAAAGAUCGAACAAGAUGGCAUCAAACCAGAAGAUAAAGCUCAUAAGGCCGCGACCAAAAUUCAGGCUAGCUUCCGUGGACACAUAACAAGGAAAAAGCUCAAAGGAGAGAAGAAGGGCGAUGCUCAAGCUGCUGAGGCCGAAAUGAAUGAGAAGAAGGAUGACGCCCCUGUUGCUGAUGGCGCCGAGAAGAAGGAGGGAGAAGGUCCCACUACCGCUGACGAGGCCCCGGCCACUGGCCCCAAGCCUGAGGAGGCCAGUAAGGCAGGAGAAGCUCCCUCCGAGGAGAAGAAGGGGGAGGGCGCCUCUGAUGCUGCAGCCGAGCAGGCAGCCCCCCAGGCUCCUGCCCCCUCAGAGGAGAAGGCCGGCUCUGCUGAGACAGAAAGUGCCACUAAAGCUUCCACUGACAACUCGCCGUCCUCCAAGGCGGAAGACGCCCCAGCCAAGGAGGAGCCUAAACAAGCCGAUGUGCCUGCUGCUGUCACUGCUGCUGCUGCCACCACCCCUGCUGCAGAGGAUGCUGCCACCAAGGCAACAACCCAGCCUCCCACGGAGGCUUCGGAGGGCAGCCAAGCCGAGGACAAGAUAGAAGCUGCAGAUGAAACCAAACCUAAGGAAAGUGCCCGGCAGGAUGAGGGUAAAGGAGAAGAACUCGAGGCGGACCAAGAACAUGCCUGAACUCUUAAGAAAUGGCUUUCCACGUCCCCACCCUCCCCUCUCCUGGACCCUGUCUCUCCCCACCCUCUUCUCAGCUCCACUCUGAAGUUGCCCUUCCUGUCCUGCUCACGUCUGUGAGUCCGUCCUCUCCCACCCACUAGCCCUCUUUCUCUCUAUGUGGCAAACAUUUAAAAAAAAAUAAGCAGGAAAGAUCCCAAGUCAAACAGUGUGGCUUAAACAUU